UGUGUCAGAGGUUUGAAACGAAAGUAAAACUAUUAGACGCUGUACUAUUCACGAUUUGCGCGUCUGUUCACUUUAAAGGAAUCAUUGGGGCUAAAAAUCAGUACGUGUCUGCUCGAUUCUAACUCAGCUGUAUAAUGGAGUCUUAUCGGAGGCCUUACAGAUACCAAGAAGCAAGAAGUAAUGUACAGGAAAGAAAGCGUUACAAUGGCUUGAGAAAUCAAGGUGCAACCUGCUACCUGAACUCUGUACUGCAGUGUCUCUACAUGACCGAGGACUUCCGAAAAGAAGUAGAAAAUUUUGGACCAGAUCAGAGAAACUCUGAAGAGGAAAUUUUGGUGAAAGAAUUGCAGAAGCUCUUUAAAGAGAUGAAGGAAGGUACUUGUACAACGAAAGGGAUAACUCGAAGUUUGGGCAUCACCAAUGUCUAUGAACAGGAGGAUGUAGUAGAAUACUAUCAGAAAACUUUAAAAGCAAUUGGGCCACAACUUUCCAAGAUAUUUGAAGGGAAAAUAAGCAACAGAACCAAAUGUCUAAAAGGCCACAUAUUUGAAGAGGAGUGUAACUUUUUUACCAUCCCUUUAGCCAUAGAAGGACACCAUGAGGUCUUCAAUGUGGACAAUGGAUUGAAAUCUUUUCUUAAACCAAUAAAAUUAGAUGAAGACAACUGGCUAUACUGUAAAGAUUGCAGACAAAAAAAUGAAACAGAGACUUGGAAUGAAAUCAAGGUCUUUCCUACUAUCCUGACUCUGUACCCAAAGAGGUUUUACUUUGACUAUGACCAGAUGAGACCUGUGAAGAAUCACUGUCCCAUGGAAAUUCCCCCGCAACUUAAGAUAAGUAAUAUGGUCUAUGAGCUUUAUGCAGUUAUUAACCACAUGGGAAAUGAAAGUGGGGGGCACUACAAUGCUGUCAUCAAAUCCUCUGAGGAUGACAUGUGGUACUGUUUUGAUGACACUUCUGUCAGAAAGGAUUCAGAGUACUCUUUCAAACAUUCACAACGGGCUUAUUUGCUCAUGUACAGAAUUGUAGAAGUGGAUAGCCUGAGUCCUGAUGAGAAAUCUACCAAUGAGCUUCAGUUAAACAGGGAGGAGUACCAGAAGCUGGUCACCGAGCUCCUGCAGAUGAUCCAAAAAUCUAUCUCUGAGUUUAAGGAGACCAAGUUACCCACCAAUUAUAAGGAAACCGAGAUCCUUUGCCACAAGUUUCUAGUAUUUAAGAUGACACAUCUGCCAGGAAUUGAGGCUAAAAUACAUACCCUUGAGGUUGCAAUGCAGGCUAGUCAGAUUAAGGUUGCUCUCGAUUACCACCCCAUCAGCGUGGAGAAGGAGUGGUGUGAACUACAAAAAGUCAUAAUUAAGCGAGAGAGACUGCUCAUGGAGUUUGAACAUGUGUACUGUUUCCAUCAUCAACUGGUAAGCCAGUGCAUGGAGUACAGAGUACCCCUAACACAUACUGAGCUGGAUAAUGCCAUGCUUUGCUACAUCCAGGACCUGUUGGUCUGGGUAAAGAAGAAACAGAUGCUCAUACAAAACAUGGAGUGGGGAGCAGAUCUGGGCAUCAGACUACAUCAGUCUAUCAUGGACUUCAAAUUGAACAUUGACCAUGCUCAGGCAGAUGAGAAUCAAUUAACCCCCACCAAUAAACAAGCCUACAGAAAUGACCUGGAUAAGCUGAACUUGCAGUACAACACACUUCUGGAUUAUUGCACCAAUUACAAUGGCACACAGCAUCACAACAACCUGCCUCAAUCACUGAAAAAGGGAGAACAGGAGGAGUCUGUGUGUAAGAGUUACAUUAUUCAAAUUAGGAGCUUAAAGCUGAGGCUUGACAAGUAUGGGUUACACAUAAUCAGCUGCCUCAGGCAGCCAGUGGACAUGUCCAUAAAAGCCUUUCCCCAGGGGACCACUGAGCAAAAGGAAAUGUUGGAGAAUAUAAGGAAAGAAUUAGAUGCAGUGGUUAAGCAGAGUGAAGCAGUACUGACUUCUAUUCAGUGGUCCACCUGGGCAAAUAACCUUCACAACGAGAUAAACCACACCAUGAACGAGCUGGAGCAUGUUUACUCUCUCUUCUCUUGCUACCUGGAAAGGGCAAAGAGUAUUUAUUUAGAAAUAAAUAGCACACAAGGUACUGGAGAUGUUCCCAGAAAAUAUGAGAACCUGCGGUAUGAUUUCCACAAAGUUCCUGCAAAUGAGAAAGAGUUGGAGUCCAACCAAGAACCACUAAAGGAGCUUCAGUUAAACAGGGAGGAGUACCAGAAGCUGGUCACCGAGCUCCUGCAGAUGAUCCAAAAAUCUAUCUCUGAGUUUAAGGAGACCAAGUUACCCACCAAUUAUAAGGAAACCGAGAUCCUUUGCCACAAGUUUCUAGUAUUUAAGAUGACACAUCUGCCAGGAAUUGAGGCUAAAAUACAUACCCUUGAGGUUGCAAUGCAGGCUAGUCAGAUUAAGGUUGCUCUCGAUUACCACCCCAUCAGCGUGGAGAAGGAGUGGUGUGAACUACAAAAAGUCAUAAUUAAGCGAGAGAGACUGCUCAUGGAGUUUGAACAUGUGUACUGUUUCCAUCAUCAACUGGUAAGCCAGUGCAUGGAGUACAGAGUACCCCUAACACAUACUGAGCUGGAUAAUGCCAUGCUUUGCUACAUCCAGGACCUGUUGGUCUGGGUAAAGAAGAAACAGAUGCUCAUACAAAACAUGGAGUGGGGAGCAGAUCUGGGCAUCAGACUACAUCAGUCUAUCAUGGACUUCAAAUUGAACAUUGACCAUGCUCAGGCAGAUGAGAAUCAAUUAACCCCCACCAAUAAACAAGCCUACAGAAAUGACCUGGAUAAGCUGAACUUGCAGUACAACACACUUCUGGAUUAUUGCACCAAUUACAAUGGCACACAGCAUCACAACAACCUGCCUCAAUCACUGAAAAAGGGAGAACAGGAGGAGUCUGUGUGUAAGAGUUACAUUAUUCAAAUUAGGAGCUUAAAGCUGAGGCUUGACAAGUAUGGGUUACACAUAAUCAGCUGCCUCAGGCAGCCAGUGGACAUGUCCAUAAAAGCCUUUCCCCAGGGGACCACUGAGCAAAAGGAAAUGUUGGAGAAUAUAAGGAAAGAAUUAGAUGCAGUGGUUAAGCAGAGUGAAGCAGUACUGACUUCUAUUCAGUGGUCCACCUGGGCAAAUAACCUUCACAGCGAGAUAAACCACACCAUGAACGAGCUGGAGCAUGUUUACUCUCUCUUCUCUUGCUACCUGGAAAGGGCAAAGAGUAUUUAUUUAGAAAUAAAUAGCACACAAGGUACUGGAGAUGUUCCCAGAAAAUAUGAGAACCUGCGGUAUGAUUUCCACAAAGUUCCUGCAAAUGAGAAAGAGUUGGAGUCCAACCAAGAACCACUAAAGGUGCAGUAUAUUCAUAUGUAAUGGCUUGUAGAAAUUACACUGCUCAAAAAAAAAAAAAUUAAAGGAACACUUUUUAAUCAGAGUAUAGCAUCAAGUCAAUUGAACUCAUGGGAUACUGACCUGGUCAUGUAAGUAGCAGAGGGGGUUGUUAAUCAGUUUCAGCUGCUUUGGUGUUAAUGGAAUUAACAACAGGUGCACUAGAUGGGCAAAAAUGAAAUGACCCCCAAAACAGGAAUGGUUUUACAGGUGGAGGCCACUGACAUUUUUUCCCUACUCAUCUUUUCUGACUGUUUUCCACUAGUUUUGAAAAACAGUCAUUUUCAUUGACUGUUUUCAUUGACACUGACCCUAGCAUUUGGCAUUUUAGAAUUGCCACUUUUGGCUCAUUAAAAACACUGUAAUCAAAGCUGCCCCUUCCUUGUCUAAUGAAAGUAUGGUUCCAUGGAGCUUCCAUUCAGGCAAUUCUUGCAUCUGGUGCCCAAAGGAGUGUACUUUGUCUGCAACAAUGUUUAGGUAGGUGGUACAUGUACCAUGUACAGCGUUGCUGUUCACUUGCAGCCUAAUAUAUAUACCCCACCUCUGGACAGGUGCCAUUGUAAAGAGAUAACCACUGUUAUUCAUUUCAACUCUAAGUGGUUUUCAUGUAGUUUAUCAGUGUAUAUUUUACAGAAUAAAUGCAUUCGUUAUUUCACUUAAUUCACACUGCAUUAAGUGUAUACCCAAGUAACUGUGU